AAAAUGUUUACGAAAUCAGCCAUCUUCAACUCCCAAAACCCAGCGUUGAGAUCCAAGAGAACCAGGAACAUCCCAACCGAUAUAAAGCCUCUUCACCGAUCAGGAUCAUUCUACCCAAUAGGGGUGUAUAAAUACCAAAGAGAAAUAGAGAGGUCCAUCAAAGGCAGGAGGACAGAGUUCUCCACCUACUUCAAUGUCUCAGGCAUGUACGAGGAUACCUCAAUCGACGCAGCUACAAAGAAACAAGAGAGAUAUAAAUAAAAACCUUGAGAAAAAGAUUCUGAAAAUAAAACAAAAGAUGAAGGAGAUCAUCAAGAAAACUAAAAAUAAACCAAAAGGCCUCGCUCUUGAAGAAAUUACAGCAGAGAAACAAUUUCCUGGGCCUAAAGACACUUCAUACUUGGAGAAGGUUGCUAACAGUGAGUUUCACGUGGAUAAGAAAGAAAACACAAUUUCAACUACUCAAGGGGGAGGUAAAAGUCUUCUAUCAGAAGGAUCAGAAUCUAACAUCAUAAAUUUACUCCCCAAAAUCAUUAAAAUUCAGACUCUGAUUCGAGGAUUUCUUGCCAGGAAAAAUUUCAAAUUAACCAAGGCUGAAAGAGAUGAGGAGCUAUUAAAAUUGACCAAAGCUGUUAUUGUCAUCCAGAAGUAUUACAGAGGCUACCUUGCCCGAAAAGGACUGAGCCAGAGAAUGAUGGCCAAAAUCCACUCAAAUCUUGAUUCGAUCCUCAUCGGAGAUGAAAGCAACUUGAUCACUAGAGUUCAACAGAAAUGAGCCAAGCUCAUCAUCAACAAGUGGAGAGCACAUGCUCAACUUAAGAAGGAAAACAAGAGAAAUCGUAAUAAAUAACAUCAGUAAUCACAGAAGGACUGGGUUAGUCAUGAAUGCUCAAGCUCCUCAAAUCAAGCACCAGAUCAGACGUAAUGACUCCAAAGAUAGGGGAAUCACUAACUCAAGGAAAAUGCAAAGAUAUGCAUCUCAGGAACAAGUAAAUAUGUCAGCUUUCAAAAAGCCUGCUAAGGACAAACCCCUAUUAGAGAAGCACCAAACAGAGCAAGGCAACAACUAUAAUACGGGACUACUAGCUGGCUUCAAAGAUCCCACAGGUUUCAAGAAGAAGAAAGAAGCAAAAUACAAGCAAGGAGAACUAGCCUCACCAAUGGAAAUACCUAAACCGCUGAAAAUUAUAAAAUUUCCGUCCAUAGCUAAGAAAAGAAGAUCUUACAUGUCUCCUGCUAUUGAGCAUGGAAUGAUGCAUAAGAAAGCAUUAAAAGCCAAUGAAAAUACCAUUCAUACCUACCGCACUGAUAGAAAAAACACUAAACUUAAGAAAGCAUUUCUAGCUUCUGGUGCUAAGUCUACAAAAUCAAAGAAGCCUAAAGCUUCUAAACUCAAAAGCAAGAACAGUAAGAAAGUACAACCCACAAUAGUUUCUAAAGAGGAAGACAAAUCUGGCGUUAAAGAUAACGGCAACGGCCAUCUGUUUAACAAAAGUCUCGCUGAUACUAUGAAUGCCACGAAUGCAGACACAAGGAACAAAGAAGAGUCGACUAGAUUUGGAACUGUUCAGAAACAUUCAGACAAAGAGCUUGAAGGGUUCCAGGUCAAUGAUGUUAGCAUCAUUCAGGGUCACAGAAUGGAUGAAGAACACAAAAGCCAAGAUGAAGAUAUUGACUUACUCAAUCACUUCGAUGAGCCAGUCAAAGUGAACCCCAUCCAGCCGAACAUUGUCAAACAGAGGGUGGCACCCAGAGCUGUCAAGCUGGACAAACCACAUGACACCAUCAGCCUUGACAUUCUGAAACUCAACCAAUAACUUCAAUUGA